AUGGCUAGCCCCGCGCCCUUAGUGGCCUCCAUCAGCCACCAAAUGGUGGCUCUGCACACCCUGCAGCUUCUGCAGCAGGAGUGGGGCUGGGGGGAUGGUCCGGGCGCCCCCGGGAGCCCACACGACCUGGACCACGUGUCCGCCGCCCCAGAGCGCCGCUCAGACCCACGGCUGGCCCGUGCCGGGCAGGGGCGUGGGGAGGAAGGCGGGGGCAAGGGGGCCAGGAAUGUGGGGUCCGGGGCGAGGGCGAGCUCCCCCGAGGUGGAAGUGGUGCGAGGCGCCGAGGGGGGCGCGGAACUGCUGCCCUUACCCCGGGGUCGCGGGCCCUGCACCCUGGCCCAGAUGGCGAUGCGCAGCGCGCUGGCCCGCGUGGUGGACUCGACCUCCGAGCUGGUCAGCGUGGAGCAGACGCUGCUGGGCCCCCUCCAGCAGGAGCGGUCCAUCGCCAUCCACCUGAAGGACAGUGUUGAGUUUAGAAACAUCUGCAGUCAUUUGGCUCUACAGAUUGAAGGACAGCAGUUUGACAGAGAUUUGAAUGCUGCUCACCAGUGUUUGAAGAUGAUAGUCAAGAAGCUGAUUCAGUCUCUUGCUAAUCUUCCUUCGGAUGCCCACAUGGUAGCCUGUGCUUCCUUGAGACAGAUCUUACAGAAUCUCCCAGACAUAUGA